AUGCUACAAAAAUGCAAUGGAGGAAUUCACUAUGAUGAUUUUAAAGAUAUUAUUGCUAAUCCAACAUAUGGUGGUUUCGCCAAUAUAAUAAAAAUAGAUGUUAAAGGAAUAACAGACAUUAAAAGUGAUGAUUAUUUAGAAUCUAUCCGAUUUGUCUAUAAUGUAGUGACAAAAAAUGGAAUGUCAUAUGAAUAUCAGGGUACUAAGCGGGGACAAGGUUUAUUCGGUCUUGAUCAAAUGCCAUUUGAUUUUGCUGGCAAUGGGGGGUUGACAGAGAUAAGAGGCAAACUUGAAAUUCUUACCGGUGGAGCUACAAUCAUAAAAUACUUGAUGUUCAAAACACCAAAACAAACACUUGGUUACGGUAAAGAUGACCCGGCAAAGCAAGAAUUUGUUUUGCCUUCAGGUGUUAUCUUUGGUAAUACUGGUUCUAAUGUUGAUUCUAUUGGAGUAUAUGAGAUUGCAGAAGAAGAACAACUAGUCAAGACUGUAACAUCAACAAUUAUUGAAACAAUAACAGGAUCUACCUCAACAGUUCCUUCUGUAAUAACAGUAACUCCCUAUGCUGCAACGGAAACGAUAUUUGUUGAUAAUCCUCAGACAGUUAUUGGUCUCAGUAUUCCCUUAGCAGCAUUAAGU